UUUUUGUCUUUUGCUUCGUUGUCAAAUUUGAAAGCAUAUUACAUGUUUAAAAAAUAUUUUAAAAAUUGAAAAUUUUGUUUGCUGUUGUGAUCCUUGGACUCCCAAACAUGGCAAUCGUUCCAGUCUCCAAUAUUCACACCAUACGACCGAAUCCUUUGCAAGGUCUGGAAUUUCUAUAUGUACCGUUGCACUAUAGUGUGCAUUUGACCACCACUCUCUUUUCGGCUAUUGGAACUUUCUUAUACCGCCUGUGGUCGCCUCCUUUGAGGAGGAGUUGGUAAAACAGAAUCCACAGUGCCAAAGAUACCAAAGAAGCCUUAGCAAGGAAGAGGUUAAAGAAGCCAGACUUGGACGCCAAAGGAAUUCGAAGCCGUGGACGGACACCGAGCCAGGCAGAUGAAGAAGAUGUUAACCCGAGCGGAUGCAGAAGUUAAGUUCGAAGAGGGACAAGGGACCGUGACCAGGACCAGUCUGAACCUAAGGCGCUGCCAUGGACCGGGAGGAGGUCUUCGGGGGGAAACGAGAGGAGGCAGCAUCAACAGCAACAGCAGCAUAAACAAAACGACCAACAGAGCUGAAGGAACGGAAGAACAAUGCACUCAGCAAAAUUAGGCGUGUGUUUUAUUUUAAUUUUGAAUACAAAAUCCUAAGUGUUUUUA